AUGAAAAGAAAUAUUUCAUUUCACACUGCGUUUUAUCCAAAUUAUACAGUUAUGUAGAACUAUAAAGUGUAAUAUUAGCUCUUUAGAUGUAGACCUAGUUAUCACUAUGGCGACUCCAUCUUGUGGCCGCCAGGAUAGUAAAAUGGAAGAGCUACUAAACUGUCCAAUAUGUCUAGACCCAUACAACGAUGGCGAUAAGACACCCAAGCUUCUACCUUGUCAUCACACAUUCUGCAUGGCAUGUUUGCGUCGUCUCGCUGGGAGAAAUCAGUAUCUCGAUUGUCCAAAUUGCCGCCAAAAGAUCAACCUCUCAUCACCGAACACUAUAGAAUCCCUCCAGACAAACUUUUACAUAACAAAUGUUAAAGAAGCUAUACAUGAACAGAAUGAAGCAUCCUCGAAAAUUGUUAGUGGAUGCAAAAAGCAUGCUAAUCAACCACUGGCGUUCUUCUGUAAAAAAUGUGAAGUGCCGAUAUGUAGAGAUUGUACCUUGAUGGACCAUAAAGAAACAACAGGUCAUGUGACCACCAACCUUGAUGAUGCGGUUAAAGAACAAAAACGUUUCUUGGAGAUUGAAAUAAUGGAAGCACAAGGAAACGUGAUGUCAAACAAAGCCAACAUGAGUCUGUUGGAGAGUGAAGCCACCAAUCUGCGUGCUAUCAAAGAUGACAGCCUUGUACGCUUAGAACAAUCAUUCAAACACUACCAAGCAAUCUUGAUGCAACGUUGCGAUCAACUGCGUACUGAGAUCAUGGAUCAGUACACAAACCAGAAAGAGAAACUUGGGACAGGCACCGACCAGCUGAUGUCAAGUAACACAAACUUAAAUAGUUUGAUUGAGGAGUGCACUGGUGUUUUGAAACGUGAUGAAGUGUUUGAUAUCUUAGCGUAUAAAUCCAAAAUUGCUGGGAAGAAUUCCGAGAUGAGGUACCUUGAGCAGACCAGGGAUGCGCAAGAUACUGUUGCAGUAAAGUUUGAUGAUACGUGUGGAGAGGAGCUGAUAAGUCAAUGUGUCAGCCAUCUUGGUUCCCUGCAACUGACCACCAGUCUGCCAUCUAUUGUCCAGUUUAAGCUCCCAUUAUGCGCUACCGCGAGUCUUAUGUGCACAUUUAGUGUGCUUAUCCAGAAGAGAAAUCGCCAGGCUUUCACUCAAGUUAGCUCAAUUAGCGUUGAUAUAAUCGAUCCCUCCGAUGACACCAUAGAUUCGAUUUUCACAGCAUCGUCCCAGUCAGGACAAAUUGAUAUCACGUUCCGUCCCCAGAUCUCUGGUCCCCAUAUUGCCAACGUAAAGUAUCUGGGUCAGCCAAUCAAGGGGGCUAAAGCUACUAUUGAUGUCCAGAGUAACAACCCUGUAAGCCGCCUGGGAAGUAAGGGAUGCGACCCAGGGAUGUUCCAGUACCCACGUGCUGUUGCACUUGACCCCCAUGGCAAUGCCUUCAUAGUCGACACUGGAAAUUGUCGCAUCCAGAAAUUCAGCAGUCAAGGAAAAUUUCAACAUCACUUCAAAAUAACAAAUGACACUGAUAAUUAUUCUACUUGUGGAAUAGCCAUUGACCCAAACAGUGGACUCAUUAUCUGCCCAGAGGUCAAUAUCGAUGCAGCCGAUCUUGCCAAAGCUGACACAAUUAUGUUUUACACACCAGAUGGCAGACUACGUCAACAGUUGUCGUAUCCGGGGACGAUGAAACGAGCCUUGUGUACCGCGAUCAAUAGCCAGGGUGACAUCAUUGUUGCCGAUUUUGAACUGAAUGCCAUAUUUGUGUAUGACAAACAUGGUCGUCUGGUCAGAAAAUUCGGUGAAGCUGGAUCAGGGCCUGGGCAGUUUAACCACCCUACGUUUGUUUGUGUUGGACUUGAUGACACAAUGAUCGUUGCAGAUGGAGAAAACCACCGUAUUCAAGCAUUUGACCGUGAAGGACAGUUCCUAUAUGAGUUUGGAGGGAAGGGAAAUGCAAAGGGUCAGUUUAAAAUGCCAUUUGGAGUGGCCUGUGAUAAGCAUGGGAAUAUCUUAGUGGUUGAUGGGGGAAACAAGCGUGUGCAGAUCUUCAAACAAGGAGGUAUAUUCACCUCCUGUUUGGAGAGUCUAAAUGACCGGCUGAGUGCACCAAGGGGUCUAGCUGUCACUCAAGAUGGUUAUGUAAUGGUUGCUGACAGAGAUAACCAUUGUGUCAAAAAAUUCAAGUACAUGUAAAAAAAUGCAAGUACAUGUAAAAAGACAAGUAUUUGUGAAAAAUGCAAGUACUUGUAAACAUGUGAAAAGUCAAGUACAUGUUAAAAAUAUAAGUACAGAAGACCCUUGUGAACAUGAUUCUAAAACAUUUAGUACCUUGUACCCCUCUCCCAUUUCCUAUUU